ACGCGUGAGGUGGAGGGUGGGGGGAACGCCCCCUCCCCCCCGUGUCUGAUAAGAAACAACUCCAGCGGUCACUCCGACUUCAAGGCCCCCCAGUAAAGAGGCGUUCUUCACACGAGAACCACUUCCUUCAUCGUCAACAACCGCGCCGGUCGCACGGUGUGCAGUCUGCCUCGCCAGGAGCAACUUCAAAAUCGCAAGCGCGAUGUCCGCAGAACAGAAAGACAGAACCCCAGAUGAGCAUCGUAACGGCAAUAGCAGGUCGUCUCGCGAUCUGCUGCUUUAUGGAGACUACCUAAGGUUGGACAAACUGUUAGACUGCCAGCAGCUGGUCACGAAACAACGUUGCAAGGAGGAAGUUCAUGAUGAACAUCUUUUCAUCAUCACUCAUCAAGCGUACGAGCUUUGGUUCAAACAAAUUAUAUUUGAAUUGGACUCGGUUCGGCCACUUCUGGACACAAGUGAGGUGAAUGAAUCCAACAUGUUCCUCCUAACAUCGCGCAUGAACAGAGUGGUCCUAAUACUAAAGCUGUUGCAAGAGCAAGUGGAGAUCCUGGAAUCUAUGACACCACUUGACUUCAUGGAAUUCAGGGGUUACUUAGCGCCUGCAUCGGGAUUUCAGUCUCUCCAGUUUCGUCUCAUAGAAAACAAGCUUGGCGUAAAAAACGAACACAGGGUGAACUUCGGCAAACAGCACUACCAAAAGGUGUUCGAAGACCCGGCAGCGAUUAGACAAAUUCAGGAAUCUGAAAAAGAGCCCACCUUGUUGCAAAUGAUUGAGCGGUGGUUGGAACGAACGCCAGGACUGGAGGUACCGGAGUUCGAUUUCUGGACCAAAUAUCAGAACGUGGUCAAACGUAUGUUGGACAAGAUGCAAGCGGACGCCUCGGCGGAAGAUGACUCUGCGCUCCUAGACAGUGUCAUCAAGAAAAGAGAAACGUUCGACACUCUGUUUGACGUCAGCAAACACAACGCUCUGGUUGCGAGAGGAGAACGUCGUUUGAGUCACCAAGCUAUGAAAGGCGCCAUGAUGAUCUGUCUGUACAGAGACUACCCACGCUUUCAUCAGGCCUACUACCUUCUCACGCUCCUCAUGGACAUCGACUCCCUCGUCACUAAAUGGCGGUACAACCACGUGCUGAUGGUUCAGCGAAUGAUUGGUUCCCAGCAAAUAGGCACCGGCGGUUCCUCCGGUUACCAGUAUCUUCGUUCUACUCUGAGCGAUCGCUACAAGGUAUUCCUGGACCUGUUCAACCUGUCAACCUUCCUGAUUCCAAGGUCGUGCAUACCGAAGCUCUGCCCUAAAAUGGACCGCAAACUUUCCCUUCAGAACGAUUGGGCUCCCGCGAGCGAAGACACGACGAACGUAAUUCCUGACCCGGACUUUUCGGGCAAAUUCCUAUGAACGAAGGCUGGUUGGAUGUUUACGUGAUUCUAGCACGAAGUCUUAGAGUGUAUGCUACUUUUACCACAGCUCGUUUUAUACAGUUUCUUUUACGCAGCAUGUUUCUUUUAGAAGUGUUCGCAUGUGCAUUUUCAAUGUGUGUUUUUAGUAUGUUAAAAAGCAAAACGUCGGCGAAUUUAGCGCAAUAAUAAAGACACUCAGUUUGUAGUUAAAGGGCA